ACCAAAACAAAAAGAAGAGUAUAUAAUUAGGACCUAUCAUUGAUUUUUAAACUAAGAAUAAAUCAAAUUAGUUUAGAAUUUUGGAACUGAAUAAAUUUAUAAAGUUGAUCAGAUUAUAUAUAGAUAUCCAACAAAUGGUUUCCUCCAUUAUCCUUAAUUUCAUGUCCCAUUUAAAGGGAUGAUGAUUGCAUCAAAACAUAGACCACCUUCGUCGCCAAGGCUAUUUUCUAUAUAUCUAUAAUCUAUGUGAAAAUAAUCAAAUCUAUCCAAUUUGCAUUUUCUCACUCAUUAAAUUAAUUUUGAUUAUUUUAAAUUUUUGCAAAUGCAGUCAGAUGUGAAGGCCUUGGGAAAAUUUAGCCAUCCAAAUCUAGUAAAGCUGUUGGGUUACUGUUGGGAAAAUGGUCAAUUCCUCCUAGUUUAUGAAUACAUGCAAAAAGGAAGCUUAGAAAACCACCUUUUCAGGAAGGGUUUAGCACCGCUUCCAUGGGAGACAAGGCUUAAUAUAGCGAAAGGAGAAGCUCAAGGCCACGCGUUCUUGCACACAACAGAGAAGCAAGUCAUCUACCGCGAUUUUAAGGCUUCCAAAAUAUUGCUUGAUGGGGACUUCAAUGCAAAGCUUUCAGAUUGUGGGUUGGCAAAGUUAGGUCCCACAAAUGGCAAUUCACAUGUGACAACGAGCACCAUUGGCACGUAUGGCUAUGUCGCUCCUGAGUACUUCGCAACAGGUCAUUUGUACGUGAAGAGCAAUGUGUACAGUUUUGGAGUGGUGUUGCUUGAAUUAUUGACAGGUUUAAGGGUGAUCGACAUGAAUAGAUCCAACAAUGCGCACAAUUUGAUAGAGUGGGCUAGACCUUUCCUACCCGACAAGAGGAAAUUGAACAAAAUCAUGGACCCAAGGCUUGAAAAUCACUACCCUUCAAAAGCUGCAUUCCAAGCAGCUAAACUUAUACUUCAAUGUCCUGAAUCCAAUCCGAAAAACCAGCCCUCAAUGAAAGAAGUUUUGGAGGCUCUCCAACAAGUCAAUGCCAUCAAGAUGAAGCCUAAGGGCUCCAAAGCAGGUGCAAAACAUACCGCCACAGCCACCCAGCACCAACAACAAGAUCGUCAUCCUCCAGGGAAUUCUCAACGUUAUGGUCACGAUUGAUCUCUGCUUCACCACCAAAAGUAUGCUGGAAAUGGUAGAAGUCGAGGUGGAGCUCGCUUGCCCGUGCCUAGACCUUGCAGAUGAUUAUUUACAUGACAAGUUUUACAAACACAUAUGUGAAUGGAAAAAGAUGUGCAUCAAAUAUCACUGGUGAUUUUUGUAAAAGAGAGUUUAGGUGAUCGUAUCAGUGUUGUAUAUGAAUUGCAAUUAUUGUUUCUUCUGGGCUCUACACUUCCAUAGGAACCCCCAAACAAAUGUACGCUAGCUAUUGCGUAUGUUAUAGGUAAAUGUUAACUAAUACUCCUGAAGUAAUGUUUAAUAUCAUGAUUGUUGUGAAAAAUGUAAAAUAGUUAAGUAUUUUAAAAUAUAUAAAAAAGA